AUGCACUUAAGUGUGCAUCGCGUGAUAGCAUCCACGACUUAUCGUAAAGGACGUGAUAAUAACGUUUCCGGUUGUCAUCGCGGUGCGGAGUCGAUGUGCCGUACUCAUGAAAAAGUAGACCAAUUGCUUGCUUCACCUUACCCGAUAAAGUGCUCUGACGUAUUACCGUCGCCCGUUGGUAAAGAUGUCAACAUAACAGCGGAUAAACGACAGUCUUAUGAGAUACCUCUGCAUAAACAUAUACUAUAUAGAACAUUAGAACUCAUCAGUCGCUCUCAAAUAUACGCUGGCGCGUACCUAACCUAUGAGCUAUCAGUUUUUGGCUCUUUCCGUGACUCUGGUGCCGUAAUUUCAUCGUUAUCAUACCUUGGAUGUUGCGUGCUGCACCCUCCCACCGAUUCAUCCAGCAUCUCCGCCAGGUCAUCUCGCAUACCUGGUCAAGUGAGUCGGCUAUACGCCUGA